UAAUUAUAACGUCAGAGAGAGACGAGACGAGACGAGACGAGACGAGAGCUGAAGAAGGAAGGAUGAUGAUGGUGUCGUCCUCAUCAGCACUGCCGAAUCCCAUCAUCGACGGCGCUAUUUUCUUUUCUAAUCAUCACCAUCAUCACCCUGCAACAACAAUCUUUAAAUGGGGUUUGAGAAGAGAACAAGAUGCCAGACUGGUUACUCGUAGAGCAGAGGCUCAGGCAUUUCGUGUCUUGGCCAAUCCUAAUGUGUCUCGAGGAGGAGAUUCAAUCAAGGAGGUGAUCAUGGUUGAUCCUUUGGAAGCCAAGCGGUUAGCUGCCAAACAAAUGGGAGAAAUUAAAGCAAGAGAGAAAUUCAAAAGAAAACGCCAAAUUGAAGCGAUUAAUGGAGCAUGGGCUAUGAUUGGUCUCACGGCAGGCUUAGUCAUUGAAGGCCAUACUGGAAAGAGUAUUCUGUCUCAGGUGGCUGGAUACUGGGAGACGAUAGUCAGUUUCUUUGUACGGUAGAUAUCUCCUGAAUGUGGCAAGCUUGGAGGAGCUGCUGAUUCAUAACUGAGUCAUUCUUUAAAUUGGAGUUGUAAGAUCUUUCAGACUAGCAGUUGUUCCUUUUGUUUAGUUCACAUUGAUUGUAGCAUAUGUUUAGUAAGGCUUCACAGAUUUUUACAGCUAUUUUCCUGGACUGACUCUCAAACAUUACACUAAUGAAGGAUAAUAGAUUUAUUUAUUUAUUUUUUU